GGACUGAGUGGACUGACCAUGCACGAUACAGCGCAGUGCAGACGGGACUGAACAGUGCACCAAAAGCUCGCUCCAAUCGUUCUUAUUGCUUGAUGGGUGGGUGGGUGUGUGCUUCUGAAGUCCAUCUAUCUGAGUUUUUAAAAGGGACGGGCAUCCUCGCCUGUCAAACUUCACUUCACUUCCGCUUUUCAUCUCUUUCCUCCCCCGUCGGCAGUACCUCCGUAGUGUCAUUCUAUUGACGAGGAUCCCUCCUCCUUGAGCCGACAUAACAUAACUCGUCACUGCACGUCUCCCACCGCCAGACAAUAGAAGAUCAUACCAGACAGACCACAACUUCGCAUUAACCAUCCCUCUCAAGCGCCUCGACUUGUCCCAGUUCCUGUCUCCAAGUCGGCUGUUGCUUGCGACUCGGCACUCAAAGUCUUGAUCUGACCAGCCAUCGCCCUUUACCCUUCGACCAGGGGACGUGCAGGUGGUUUGGUUAGUGACGUCGAAGCCAGGGUUUAGCGAUCAAUUUCCUGCUUGCGCGCCCCCCAGCGUCGCAUCGCAUUAUUAUUUACAGCCAGACAGGGACAGGUUAGCAGGCACGGACCAAGACCCUUUUUUGCUUUUACUCGAGAGAUAGAUAGACCAGCCCAGCCUGCCUCCACGAGCCGUUCACUUUCGACGACGUCUCUCUCUCUCUCUCUCUCCUCACUCUUUUCGAAGUUGUUGACCGACAACAUUCUUCUCCUUUCCUCCCGCUCACCUCUUGCGAAGGCAUCGCUCAUCCAUCAUGUCUGACCCUGUCGACGAGAAUAAGCCCAAUGUCUCCUUAUCAGGCUUGAUUGCGACCCUAGCUCCGACAGCUUUGAUCGCUGCAGUCUAUUUCCUGGUCUUUCUCAUAUUGCGAAAAUCCCAGCGCAGAUUCUAUGCUCCAAGAACUUACCUCGGCACAUUGCGUGAACAGGAACGCUCAGCACCUCUCCCAUCAGGGUGGUUCAAUUGGAUUGGUCCUUUCUGGAAGAUCCCCGAUACCUACGCUCUUCAGCACCAAUCCCUCGAUGCCUACCUCUUCCUUAGAUUUCUGCGCAUGACUGUGGUCAUUAUGUUCGUCGGUUCUUGUAUCACAAUGCCAGUCUUGUUCCCAAUCAACAUCACUGGAGGAAAUGGUGGCGGUCAAUUGGACAUGCUUUCGAUGAGCAAUGUCAACAAGAAUGCUAAGAACGGCAAAUACAAGUUCUUCGCCCAUUGCUUCUGUGGAUGGCUCUUCUUCGGAUUCGUACUCUUCUUGGUCAUCCGCGAAAGCAUCUUCUACAUCAAUCUUCGCCAGGCCUUCCUUCUUUCGCCAGUCUACGGCAAUCGAAUUUCUUCCCGGACCGUUCUCUUCACGUCCGUCCCCAAGCCAUACCUCGACGUAGCGAAGCUUCGCAAGGUCUUUGGCGAUUCGGUCAAGAAUAUUUGGAUUACUGGAGACACCACUUUAGUCGAUGAGUUGGUUGAAGAGCGUGAUAAGGUCGCAUACAAGUUGGAGGCUGCUGAGGUCAAGCUGAUCAAGUUGGCAAAUGCUGAGCGAUUGAAGGCUGCCAAGAAAGGAGCAAAUGUUGAGCAACCACCUAUUGGAGACGGAGAUGCUGAAUCUGGUUCCCUGGCUGCUCGAUGGAUCCCCACCAAGAAGAGACCAACACACAAGUUGGGCAAGUUUGGUCUAUUUGGACAAAAGGUUGACAGUAUCAACUGGUGCCGCUCUCGAUUGGAAGCUCUCAUCCCUGAGGUCGAAGCAGCACAAGCUGCAUACCGUGCUGGAGAAACCGAGAAGGUUGGAGGUGUAUUCAUUGAGUUUGUUCAUCAGUCUGAUGCUCAAGCUGCUUUCCAAACCCUGUCUCACCACCAGGCUCUUCACAUGUCCCCAAGAUACAUCGGCGUCAAUCCCAAUGAAGUUUUCUGGAAGUCUUUGAAGAUUUCUUGGUCGGCACGUCUUCUCCGCAGAAUCGCCGUUAUGGGUUUCAUUACAGCUUUGAUUGUCUUCUGGGCCAUCCCGGUUGCUUUUGUCGGUUUGGUUUCCAACAUUCAGUACCUUACCAACUACUCUUGGCUUAAGUGGCUGAACAAGAUUCCGGAUACUAUCAUGGGUGUUGUCAGUGGUCUUCUGCCAUCAGUUGCCCUUGCAAUUCUGAUGUCUUUGGUGCCAAUCAUCAUGAGACUCUGUGCCAAGCAAGCUGGUGAACCGACAGCAGCGCGCGUAGAACUGUUCACGCAAAACGCUUACUUCGUAUUCCAAGUUGUCCAAGUCUUCUUGGUUAUGACUGUUUCUUCGGCAGCUUCUACAGUGCUCAAGACUCUCAUCGAGAACCCUACCGGCAUCACUAGUUUGCUCGCCAACAAUCUUCCAAAGGCCUCCAACUUCUACAUGUCUUAUUUCAUCCUUCAAGGUCUGACUGUCGCUGCUGGAGUGUUGUCGCAGGUCGUUGGAUUUGUCAUCUUCACUCUAAUGUACAAGUUCCUCGCUAGUACACCAAGAAAGAUGUACAACAAGUGGGCCGGACUCAGCGCAAUUUCGUGGGGAAGCACUCUUCCAGUCUUCACCAACAUUGCUGUUAUUGGUAUUACAUACUCAUGCAUUGCGCCACUUGUCCUUGGUUUCGCUACCAUCGGAAUGUCGCUCUUUUAUCUCGCCUUCAGAUACAACGUCCUCUUCGUGACUGAUUCCCAAAUCGACACGAAAGGUCUUAUAUAUCCUCGAGCCCUUCAACAGCUUCUUACCGGAGUUUACCUUUCGGAGAUUUGUCUCAUUGGUCUGUUUGCCAUCAACACCACAGUUGGUCCAUUGAUCCUAAUGAUCGUCUUCCUCGUCUUCACUGUUCUCGUCCACUUCUCCAUGAAUGCUGCUCUCGGUCCCCUUCUUUACAACUUACCCAAGUCUUUGGAGGCUGAGGAAGAGUCCUUCCGAGGAUCACUCGAGGCAGCAUCCCACGAGUCUGUCAUCAAGGAGAAGAAUGGUAGUGGUGAAACUACCUCCACUGCCGCACCACACAAGAAGCCAAACUUCGUCACCAAGUUUCUCAAGCCCCACAUUUACUCCGACUACGCCACUCUCCGCCGUCUCGUACCUCACGGUCUACUUGAUGCCGAUAACUUGUACGAGGAACAUACUGCUCAGAACGCAUACUUCCCGCCAUCAGUAAACUCUCCUACUCCACUCCUCUGGAUCCCAAGAGACGAUGUCGGAAUCUCCAGACAGGAAGUUUCGCACACCUCGAGGGUCAUCCCUAUUACCGAUGAGGGAUGUACUUUGAACGAGAAGAACAAAUUGGUUUGGGAUACUGAAGGCGCUCGACCACCUCUCUGGACACCAAAGGUCUACUACUGAUCGACUCAGUUCGACUUUUCUAAUCACACGUACCUACUGCAACAAUCAACGGAUGGAAUAUACCCAAAAGGAAUGGAAUGCGGAAUGAAUGAGUUUUAGUUCACGGCCGAAAUAGAACGGGGAACGCAUACUUUUUGCCUUUCUUGAUUUCUCGACUUCUUUGAAUGUUAUUUGGUUUUAAUUGGAGGAUGGAAUAAUGGAAUUGCAGCUUUCUGAUUCGUUGCGAUAUGUAAGAUGGAAUCUUGGCGUAUGGCUGGGAUCAAUGGGUCCAAGGUUGAGAGAGGGAGGGAGGGAAGUAAGGAAUGAGGUACGGUUGCUUGUUGCGAGCGUGCGAAGAUAGAUACCCGAAUCGUCAGUGUAGAUCCCGAGAAAUGAAAACGACAUCAAAAUGAC